AUGCGCAUAGAACGUGAUGUUCAAGACCUUCGAGCAGUUCAACAUACUGCUGAAGUCUCACCGUCGAGUCUUUCCGAUGAACUUUCCGUUUCGACCGAGCUGGAACUGGUCGAAGAAGAGAGGAUUGACUGCAUACACUCGGGCCAUCGUUAUUACAACUCAUUCGCUGUCCAGAUAGAGACAUUGAAGAAUGCAGCAUCACGCGGCACGUCUGCUGCGUCCGGUAGAGAAUCUCUUCUGGGGACGGCGUCAAAUACAAGUCCGUCUGCCUCUGCUCAAAGCUGCCGCCCGCAAGCCGCUCGAAACAACGUCAAGACUUUUAUAUCUUCAUCGACACGCCUGAAGUACCUACUGAACCUCUUCUUCGAAGAGUAUAACUUCCUCUACCCAUGCAUUGACCGAGAUGCCUUUAAUCUUCAGUUACAGUGCCUUUUGCAGCACUAUUCGCCCGAUCAGGACUGCUUGUAUCUGUCAGAUGCGGAUCCUGAAAUGCUGAUCUUUGCGGCCUUGACAUGCAUGGUGCUUGCCAUCGCAGAGCACAUCGAAGCUGAUGGCCACUUCCCGACGGACGGGAAUCCGCAUGAGCGGAUUGUCCGUGGACAAGCCUGGUAUCGAGAAAGCGCAAGGCUCCUGAGUCUGUCCUCGCGACACGCGGACAAAAUCAUAAACACUGUCCGGCUUUUCAUGCUCGAAACACUCUAUAUGUUGAUGCGGGAAAGUUUCAGAAGAUCAUCACAAGUAUUAUGCAGGGCCGUGGAACUGUCAUUCUCUCUUGGGCUGAAUGACGAGUCCACGUGGACUAGUUGCUCUUGCGCGGAAACUCGAUCUCGUCGCGUUCUAUGGUGGACCAUAUACUUUUUCGACCGAAGGAUGGCGUACAAGCUUGGAAGGCCAUACAUGAUUCGCGAUGCUGAAGUAUCGGUUGCCGAUUUCACGGCUGACAUACGGGCAAUGGAAAGCUCGCGUGCUCAUCUUCCGAUUCUCCUCAUUGGAGAUUUGAACGCUUCCGGACCUAUUGCGUCAACACCCCUCGACUGCGAUUGGAUCCACUACCUACAGUUUAAUAUUGGGUGGGGCCGCCUGUUCUCAAAGGCGUGGGAUUCUCUUUACAGUCUGACCAGUCCCAGGGCUGGGAUUAUCGAAGAAAUCGAGAUCAUGGAGGCUUUGUUGGCCAAGCUUAAGAGAUCACUGCCGCCAGGGAUGAAAUGGCAGGAUCCAGUCAGUUCAAGCAGCACGGAGGCUGAUGUACCAGAUCAAAAAGUUCGCAUGAGACUGGUGAUUUAUACGAGGGCGAAUCUCUUGCAGAUGUUGAUACGGAACAAUCUUCACUUGCGAGGUUGCGAGAAAGACUGCGAGUGGGAUUCUUCCCGGAGUGAUCGGAGUUACACAACCCAAGUAUGCCACAAGCUUGCCGCUUCCACCGUUCAGGCAGUUGUAUCAUACGUUCGGACCCGACGCCGUGAACGCUCGUUUGGCACGUAUGCCACGCUGUGUAUCAUUGAAUCGCUCUACUACAUGCUGUCUCUGCCCUCUACUGAGGACAACAUCGGAGCUUUUGAUCUCGAGGCCACUAAGACCUUGUCACUAGAACAAGCCUGGGAAUGUUUAAAUGACUUGAGUCGUCGCCAGCUGACAAUUGCUACCAAUGCAUUGAAAGUACUGAAAGGAAUUAUCGAAAGCAGGAUUGGCAAUCAGCUGUCGCUCGGAGAGCAGCCAACCGCAAUUUCUUUGAACACACAGGACCGUCAGCCCUCCGUUGAUCAGGUCAUGAUCAACAACGUUGCGUCCCAGCAGGAAGACCAUGCCAAAACCACGGGGUGUCAGGAUCUUGACUUCUCUAUCGAUCCUCAAUUUACAUUGCCGGUCCUACCUGGGCCAGAAUUUGAUGAUGAAUCGUUGAUGGGGACUGAUAUGGGAAUUUGGAGUACUGAGCGUAUGAUGUAUACUUAA